CAUUAAUACUAAUAGUAUCAAAAUAAAAAAUCAAAAAACUUUUUUUUAUAUAAAAAUCAUAAAAUACAUUUAAAUAUCACAUAUAUUUUUUUUUAAAUAAUUAUCUUUUUAAAUUUUAUUUGUGUUUUAAAAUAAUAUUUUUAUAUUAAUAAUAUAUUAUUUUAAAAUUAUAAUAAUUAAUAGAAAAAGACUGAAAUUUCUAUCAAUCCAAACACAACCACUUUCUACUUCAGCAUAUAAAAUAAUAGUUGGUAUUAUUUUUGUUUUUUUUACAUAUUCUAGUGUUUGUGAACCCACUAAAAUAUUUAAUAUUCUUUUUACCAUCUAAAUAAACAAAAAAAUAAUUUUAUAAUAAUAAUAAAAAUAAAAUAAAAGAAAAAUGUCAAGUUUAACAGAAACCAGUAGCCACCCAUCAACAACAACAAUCAAUAUCAACGCACCAUCAAAUAUGAUAUAUGAUGAUAAUUAUUUAAAUUAUUAUAAUAAUUUUUAUAUUUUCAAAAUAUUAUUAUCAUAUUUAGGUAUAAAGCACGAAAUUAACCAAAUUAGUGAAAUUGAUCACUUGGUUUUAAAUAAACUACAGUCAUACGACCAAUUCCCAAUCAAAGAUACUGGUGAUUAUUUUUUAGCAAAAUCAGCUGUAAUUUCAAGAUACAUUUCAAAUAAUUAUAAUUUCUCUGGAAAAUCAUUACAAGAAAGUGCAAUAGUCGAUGAAAUUAUCGAAGAAAUUUUAGAAAUAAUCGAAGAAAUAGUCUUACCAAAUAUAAAGUCAAAAACAAUUAAUGAAAAAAUCAAAAUUAUAAUUAGCACCUAUUUCCUUUGCUUCGAAAAAACCCUUUCAAAAUCAACCUAUAUUGCCGGUGGUGAUGACUAUACAAUUGCCGAUCUUUAUUUAUAUAUUUUAUAUGACUAUAUUAAGUUCUUUGAUGGCUUUGCUCAAGAUUUUUAUGGUAAAUUCCCUCACCUGGACGCUUUAAAACAACACUUUGAAUCAAAUAAAGAAGUUUCAGAAUUUAUAAAAAACAACCCAAUAUCAUUUUAAAAAUAAUAGCAAUAAUAAUAAUUUUU